AUGUUUGAUGAAUUUAAUUUAGACAGUGAAGGUAUUUAUACUCAUAUAAUUGUAUCCCCUACCCCGAAGGGUCCCAGGUUAAAUAAAAGCCCUGGUCAAAUCUUGACCAGUGCAAUGGAUACACUUCUGACGGAGCACGUAUUUUCAAUGCAUCUGACUAAAGAGGAACGAAAAUCUAGAAAUAGCAGAAUUUUUGAGACUCCAAUGAGUCAAAAUGAACGUCCACAGCCACGAUGUCUUGAGGAAAGAUUAAGAUUGAGACACGGAGAAAGAUUUGAUCCUUUGCCGACAGUUCUUAUGAGGAAGUAUAUAAGCUAUGCUAGAAAGAAUGUGCAGCCUAAAUUGACAAAAGAGGCUGCUGAGGAAAUAAAAAGAUUCUAUUUGGGUCUGAGACAAGUUCCUCAGGGUGCUGAUAGUAUGCCAGUUACACCCAGGCAACUUGAAGCUCUCAUUCGGCUAACACAAGCAAGAGCAAGAGUGGAUCUAUCGCCUGAAGCAAAGGUAGAACAUGCAAGAGAUGUUAUCGAGUUAACAAAAAUUUGUCAUUCUGAUUUAUUCUGCGAUGGUAUUGGAACUUUUGAUGUCAACAGAGGGAGAAUACCUUUGAGCAACAUGAGCCAAAAUUCAAAGAUCAAACGGUUUUUAUCUUUAAUUCAAAAAAGAUCAGAAGUGACAAUGAAGACAAUUUUCACUCUGAAUGAAUUGAAAGAGACGGCUAGCAAUGGUGGUCUGGUGCAUCACGGAUUUGGGUCAGAUUUUAGAGAAAUGAUAGACAAACUGAACGAACAGGGUUGCCUUUUGAAGAAAGGACCGAAACUUUAUCAACUGCUGGUUGUUUGA